ACACAUGGCACCAUCGAGGUGCGGGAUGUUUACUUUCUACACGAGUUGUUUUUCAGUUUCGACCUAAGAACAGAUUGUAGUGGUAAAAUAAAAAGGGAUUUUUUUUUGUGCCAUUAAGGCUAAAUUGAAUUCUAAACGUCACCCCGGUCAAAACGGGCUCUGCGAUGGGCCUGCGCUGGUGUUCCAGUUUAGCCAACGUUCUUUUGCAAAUUUCAGCCUUGGGUGAAUUUCGACUUGUUCUAUUGUCCAGCCUCCCCCUGCACUUUUAAGACAGUCCCAUAGCCGCAAGUGCAUAAUAUUUCCCCCAUUGAAAGCCAACGUAAAGUCACUUUUUGAAAACGGAGAAAAUAAAGUUUAUACCUUGCGCUCUACCAUCGGAAUUAAGAUAUCUCUAGGACCUUCAGUUGAAGAUGUAUUGACGAGCAAGCUCCGAAUAUCUGCCAACUAUCCAAACUGGAAACAAACCUACUGCGGUGAAUCUCGGCUGACAUUAACUGGAAAACUACGCUAGCUGAGUAAGAAGGACCCAACCCCUCAGCUCAUCCCAGCAAAACAAGUUUAUUUGGCUUGACUACCCUGGAUCAGAGCUGUGUUGAAACGCACCAGAACAAUCGCUUCGACGAAAAUAACGUUAACGCAAGGUAUUGCGUUUUAGUCAGCUAGCUUGUUGAAGCUUAGCAAGAAAAGUGCACGUUUCAGAAAUGGCCACAGCCGGAACAGUUAAUUCCGGUCCAGCGAGUUCCACUGUAGGCUCAACUGGGACUCAGAAGAUAGCUUCUUUAGAGGUUCUAGGGUCCUCAGGCUCGUCUCAAACUAUAAAGAAGACGAUUGGCCACCGUGGGCUUGACCCCACUGGGGAGACCACCUACAAGAAGACUACCUCGUCUGCCCUGAAAGGUGCCAUCCAGUUGGGCAUCACACACACAGUGGGCAGCCUGAGCCAAAAACCUGAGAGAGAUGUACUCAUGCAGGACUUUGAAGUGGUGGAGAGCAUCUUUUUCCCCAGUGAGGGCAGUAACCUGACCCCAGCCCACCACUACAGUGACUUCAGGUUCAAGACCUACGCUCCCAUCGCCUUCCGCUACUUCAGGGAGAUGUUUGGUAUCCGACCAGACGAUUACCUGUACUCGCUGUGUAACGAGGAACUGAUUGAGCUGUCCAACUCUGGAGCCAGCGGAUCUCUGUUCUACGUCUCAAGCGAUGACGAGUUCAUCAUUAAGACUGUGCAGCACAAAGAGGCUGAGUUCUUACAGAAACUAUUGCCUGGCUACUUCAUGAACCUGAACCAGAACAAGCGAACCUUGCUGCCAAAGUUCUACGGUCUCUACUGCAUCCAGGCAGGGGGAAAGAACAUCCGCAUUGUUGUCAUGAACAACCUGCUCCCGCGCGCCGUGCGCAUGCACCUCAAGUACGACAUGAAGGGCUCCACCUAUAAGAGACGAGCCUCAGCCAAGGAGCGAGAAAGGGCUGUGCCCACGUUCAAGGAUCUGGACUUCAUCCAGGACCUUCCCGAUGGUCUUCUGUUGGAACCAGACAAUUACAACGCCCUCAGCAAGACCAUCCAGAGAGACUGCUUGCUGCUACAGAGCUUUAAGAUCAUGGACUACAGCAUGCUGGUGGGGAUCCACAACCUGGAGCAGGCGGCCCGGGAGCGGGCUGGAGAGGUGGCCGACCAGAGGCCCCCACCGUCUCAGGGCCAAAAGUCCCUCUACUGCACUGCCAUAGAGGCCAUCCAAGGAGAGGCGCACGGCAAGGGAGCAGUGGACACUGAGGACAACAUGGGAGGUAUUCCAGCACGCAAUUCCAAGGGCAAGAGGAUGCUGGUGUACAUUGGUAUAAUCGACAUUCUGCAGUCCUACAGGUUUGUGAAGAAGAUCGAGCACUCCUGGAAAGCUCUGGUCCAUGAUGGGGAUACAGUGUCCGUGCACAGACCAGGUUUCUACGCUGACCGCUUUCAGAAAUUCAUGUGCAACACAGUCUUCAAGAAGAUUCCAUUGAAGACAUCCCCAUCAAAGAAGACCCGAGUGGGGACCCAGGCAGGCUUACGGAGGGCCAACACUGCAAGCUCCAGACCCUUUCCAUUCCCCCAGCCCAGCAGUAGCAGCAGCCUAGGAGUCCCACACUCCCAAAGUACAGAGACUGAGGGAGUCAGCGUGGUGCAGUCACGAUGCCCUGACAUACCACCAAAUACCCCCAUACAUGAUGUUGUCACCAGUAACUCUGUUGAAACAACCCUCUUCAAUUCCUUGUUGGGAAGCUCAAAGCUCGCUACCACAGCUCCCUCCGUCAGAUCUGUGGGAGAGGAGGUCCAUGAGGCAGCCAGUACAGAGGACGCUAGCACCCCCAAAAGUUUUGAAGCAGUGACCUCAGUGUUGUCAGUUGAUGAGUGCAUCGGUGGAUGUGACGUCAUCUCACUCAGUGACAUAGUUCCUCAGACAAGCAGCUGUCAUUGAACUAUUUACUGUGAAAGACUGAAAUGGACUAAUGUGAGGACAAUUAGGUCAAAGCAAGUCAAUGGAUGGGAUGAGUGUAAGAUGAAAAACUUUUUGAAGGCCUUAUGAAAGAGAAACAAUGGAAGGAUAAUGCGACAGAGGUAAAGGAGGGAAACAGAGAAAAGAAAGACUAAGAGGACUACAUUUGGAAUGCUACACACUCCAGAUGCUAUUAUGGGGACCAUACAUCCAAAUUCCAUUGAUGGGAUCCUUCUUGUUUGAACUUUCCAAACCCUGCACGGGAUUAGGUAGUACUGUGUCACAGUGCAUGGGUGCCUUUUCUAUUAGACCACAGUUGGUGGUGUAUUAGACAAGUACAUCUAAGUUGUAGUUGUUGUGCAUUGCAUCUCCGAAUGGGUGCCUCUGUCAGGACCUGCACAUCUCUGAAACUAAGAGACUCCUAGUAUUGUUAUAGUCGAGGCAGUGGUAGACAUGCUACAUUAAUAAGUUGCCUUAUGUGAGAAGAGGCUAAACAAGCCUUCACAAAAGUGACCAAAUGGCGUCAAGACUGUUUCUCCCUUUUGUGAUUCAUUCAUCCUGCCUGUGAAUUGGAUUGCUGGAGAUCUUCCAUAUUGAGCUUUCCUGUACUAUCAUUACGUUAUAUUGGUAUAUAUUAUUUUAUUCCAAACUGUGGCACUAUGACAGAAUGCCACUAUUGGUGUUCAGAAGGACUGUUUGAAGAAUUUUUAAUUUAAAAAAAAAAUCCCUGUGACAUAUUUAGAUGUUUGGCCUUGCUCCACAAACUCACUUCCUGUAUGCUGGAAUGGCUAGAAUGUACAGUGUUUGGUAAACCCAUUAAGAAAGCAAUUUAGGGCAUGAAGCAAGCAGGGCCUAUAGUUUCUGGUGUGUAAAGAUGGGUUUUAGCUAGCGCUUCGUGGCAUGAGACAGUUGGGCUUAUAGAACAACAUUUUACUAUGGAAAAGCACAUAUACAAGGAUCAACAAAUAGUUUCUCAACAGGAUUAUUUUUAGGGUAUGAAAGAAUACUUCUAAUGAUCCCCUAUACAUUUUUAUAGCUCAUUCCACAACCAGAAUCAACAUAGAAUGAUUUUACACCGUUAUAAUUCCUAUGUAUAAUCCCUACCUUUUCUAUAACGGGAAGCAGCCACAGCACUUCUGUAGGUGAUACUUGAGGGUUCAGGUGUGGAAUGUUGUCCCCUUUUGAUGUUUCCAUUGAUCCCCCAAUGACGAAGGUGUUAUUUAAAACAAUGACAGGUUCAGCCAUAGAAGUACACUGAACACUAAUAUAAAUGUGACAUGUAAAGUGUUGGUUCCAUGUUUCAUGAGCUGAAAUUAAAGAUCCCUGAAAUUUUCCAUAUGCACAAACCCUGUCAGUCAGCAUUUCUCCUUUGCCAAGAUAAUCUAUCCACCUGACAGGUGUUGUAUAUCAACAAGAAGAUUAAACAGCAUGAUCAUUACACAGGUGCACCUUGUUGGGGACAAAAUACCACUCUAAAAUGAGUUCUGUCACAACACAAUACCACAGAUGUCUCAAGUUUUGAGGGAGCUUGCAAUUGGCAUGCUGACUGCAGGAAUGUCCACCAGUGCUGUUGCCAGAAUUGAAUGUUAAUUUCUCUACCAUAAGCAGCCUUCAUCGUUUUUGAGAAUUUAGCAGUACAUCCAACCGUCCUCACAAACACAGACCACAUGUAUGGCGGGUGCCGUGUUGGUGAGCGGUUUGCUGAUGUCAAUGUUGUAAACAGAGUGCCCCAUGGUGGAUUAUGGUAUGGGCAGGCAAAAGCUACGGACAACGAACACAAUUGCAUUUUAUCGGCGGCAAUUUGAAUGCACAGAGAUACCAUGACGAGAUCCUGCGGCCCAUUGGCAUGCCAUUCAUCCGUCGCCAUAACCUCAUGUUUCAGCAUGAUAAUGAACGUGUCGCAAGGAUCUGUACACAAUUCCUGGGAGCUGAAAAUGGCCCAGUUUUUCCAUGGCCUGCAUAUUCACCAGACAUGUCACCCAUUGAACAUGUUUUGGAUGCUCUGGAUUGAUGUGCACAACAGCAUGUUCCAGUUCCCAUUAAUAUCCUGAAACUUCACAUAGCCAUUGAAGAGUGGAACAACAUUCCACAGGCCACAAUCAACAGCCUGAUCAACUCUAUGCGAAGGAGAUGUGUUGCACUGCAUGAGGCAAAUGAUGGUCACACCAGAUACUGACUGGUUUUAGUAAAGGGUCAUGUUUCUUCUUUUUUAACUACUAUAUUCAUUAUCAUUCUGCCAGACAAUGCAUUGUCCCUAUAUUAAAGAAAUUAGCAAGCUAUUUUAAUAUGCAGCUACAUUACAUUUGAAACCUCUAGAGUAACUAUGACACACAAAAGCCUGUUUGUAAAUAUUUAUAUUUAUUAAUAUUUGUCUUCUUCAAAAUGCCUUCUCCAAAAAUGUAUUAUGUACCGCAGUGAUUGUAUGCGAUAUUGAGUAAGAGGUAGAUUGCAUUUCUCGUAAUGAAACUAACAUUCAACUGUCAAACUUUUCUAAUUUUUCUGUGCUAUAUUUUUGUAGUGACUAUAAUUAACAUUCCUGUUAAAAUGCUUAAUGUCAAGAGUUCAACAACCUGGUAUGAUUGCUUUUCUUUGUAUAAACUAUGUGUGGGUGUGGGAAUCACUGAAAUGCCUUUCCAUGUUCUUCAGGGCAACUGGCAUGUUUUCAUACUGUAUUCCUACCUGAAUUCAUUAAUGAUCAAGAAUGAAAAAAUUGCCUUGUAAGUGAAAUACUUUAGCAGAAUUUACUGUGUGCGGUUUAUUUUAUUCAAAAUGUUUGAUCAAUAUGCUUUGUGCAAUGAUUACACAUUUGGGUAUCAGAAAAAAUCAAGGGUCUUUGAGGUAAAGUGUGAUCAAACGUACAUCUUUUAGUGGGGUGCAGUGGCGGAAAAAGUAGGUAGAAAAUAAAUGGAGCCCACAUACUCGAGCUUCACCACAUACCUACUAUUCAGUCCUUCAUGUUGUGUUUAUUAAUAAAGGUAUAUGGUGUUGCUUGAAUAAAGACAGCAGUUUUAA